UGACAGUACAUGGUGCCUAUAUAUUGUGUGUGGAAGCAAAUGCGUUCCAAUUACACUGAUCAAGAUGAAGACAUACCUUGUUGGUAUCCUUCUGCUGAACGCCUGCCUUGUGAUUGCCCAAGACAGGGAAAAGUGCAAGAGAAACAUUUUGUCGACACUAGUGAAAGUUAGUGGACGUGUGCUGUCUUGCAAGUACCGCUGCCUGUGGACUCGGAAUCAGUACGAAUACGAAGAUGACGGAACGCCCUGUCUUCAAGUGUUGGCGUUCGCCGGCCACGGUGUGUGCUACAACGGAAACUGCGUGAACCAGCUUCCGCAUCCUACGGGCAAAUUUUACGAGACGACUGAAGCCGCCGCUGGCGACCGGGUUCCUACUACUGUAGAGACAAGAGACACUACGCAAAAAUAUUAUGAGACGACUGAACCUGCCGAUGACGAACGCUUUCCUACUACUAUAGAAUCAAGAGAAACUACAGACAAAUAUUACGAGGCGACUGAACCCGCUGAUGACGAGCGGGAUCUUACUACUGUAGAAACAACUGAAACUACGGACAAAUAGUACGAGACGACGUAAGCUCCGAUGAGGGAAGCCGUUAUACUGUACAGGUAUACACCACAGCAUACAAUAUACGGAACGUACGUUUAAUAGACGACCGAGUAGAAUAAGUAAUUGUUCGAAGGAGUUCUUGAAGCAAACAGCUUAUGUUUAAAAUAUGGCUGAUAAUAAAUACACGUAAGGGGU